AUGGAGUUUGGAAACGUAAAGGCAGACGUCAAUUUGGUGCUUAACUUGCGAGAAGCAGAAAGGCAUCGAGCCAUCAUUUUUUUACUUUAUUCGACGAUAUAUAUUAUGAUUAUAAUUACGAUGAUAAAUACGAUCUUGAUGAGAGAGGAAGAGGUAACGUUAGGUGGUGUUACGGAGACGAGAGAAGAUCACGAACGUUCGGACAAGAAAUCUGUGUUGGACAUUUGUCGGAAAAGGAAGAGAUCAUCCGAUGAUGAAGGAGAAGAAGUUGUGGAGGAAGAUAAUGACGGAUUCAAAACACCGACCCGUCCGGAGAAUAGAAUCCCUAAGGUCAGAGAAUGUCCACCGGCGCCGAGGAAACGGGAGUAUUCUUAUUCGUCGGAGAUUAUUAGAGCUAAAGCGAUGUAUUGCCGGAGACGGUUGAGUUUCUUGCCGGAAGAUGACGUGUCCUCGUUUAUAACGGAUUUGCAGUGGAGGACGACCACUAUGACGAUCAAGAAAUAAAGAUUAAAGACGAGACAAAUAAAUAUAUUUUUAACCUUUUUAGGUUUUUUUUUGUUUUUUUUUAUUUUCUAUGAACCAUAUUUUUAGGUCACGUUUGGAAAAUAUCUGAAUUUUUUUCUCUUUCUUUCACAAAUAGACAAAACAAAACAAAAAUACUCGAUUAGAUUA